UGGGAGCUCAUUACCAUGGCAACCGCGCACCGCGCGAGACGCACCGAAGCCCCACCCAAGGCCCAGCGCCGUCUUCUCGCGAGAGCAGGCCGCGCGACCGGAAACAUUAGCGACCCCGGAAGUCCUCCCGGGCACAGCUGGUCCGUAAGAUCUCGUCCCCUUCGCCGCCCCGAGGGGUGCACUACCCGACUGGCCAUGGACGAUACCCUGUUCCAGUUAAAGUUCACAGCGAAGCAGCUAGAGAAACUGGCCAAGAAGGCAGAGAAGGACUCCAAGGCUGAGCAGGCCAAAGUGAAGAAGGCCCUUCAGCAGAAAAAUGUGGAAUGUGCCCGUGUGUAUGCUGAAAAUGCCAUCCGCAAGAAGAACGAAGGUGUAAACUGGCUCCGGAUGGCAUCCCGUGUGGAUGCAGUAGCCUCCAAGGUGCAAACAGCUGUGACCAUGAAGGGGGUGACCAAGAAUAUGGCACAGGUGACCAAGGCUCUGGACAAGGCCCUGAGUUCCAUGGAUCUUCAGAAGGUGUCUGCAGUGAUGGACAGGUUUGAGCAGCAGGUGCAGAACCUGGAUGUACACACAUCGGUCAUGGAGGAUUCUGUGAGCUCUGCCACCACGCUGACCACACCUCAGGAGCAGGUAGACAGCCUCAUUGUACAGAUUGCCGAGGAAAAUGGCUUGGAGGUCUUAGACCAGCUCAGCCAGCUUCCAGAGGGUGCUUCUGCUGUGGGCGAAAGCUCUGUGCGCAGCCAGGAGGACCAGCUGUCUCGAAGGUUGGCUGCCCUGAGGAAUUAGCACACGCUUGGCAGGUGCUACCUCUCUUGUCUCAUGAUGUACUGGAGGCUUUGGCCUCACUCUUCGCUCAACUUUCUCCAACCUUUCAUACCUGCCUUGGCUCUUCUCCAACCUGUCAGGCAGGGCACCUUACAACUGAGCCUUAGGUUGGGCAGUGGGCCUCUGUCCUGGUAUUGAAUUUGCACAAGUGUGUAGGUGACUCAUGUGACUUGUGGGCCACAGCUGGAAGAUGGCAAGCUCUGCCUGUAUGGAGUUGACAGACAGGAUUUGUUUGGCCAGCAGAUGUGUGGACUUCAGCCCAGUGCUUUGGGGUCUUCAGAUCGCAGUGAAUACCCACCUGCUGCUGCUUGCCAUGGCCACUGAGGGUCAGAGCCACUCCUUUGCCAGGCAACUCUUGGGAGCCUCUCCCCCACCUCUGCAGACGGGAAGUUCUGUUGCGUGACAGUCCUGAGUAGGUUCCUGUGGACCUUUUGUGCACCAAAAAUGUCCAGUGCCACCAACACUGACCAGGGCCUUUGCAGAUGGUUUCUCUCCUCCAUCUUGAGUUGAGUUCUUGGCUACCACUGCCAGCUGGCUGAGUCUGCCUUGGCUUGUUGUCCUUCAGCUCCCUUCCCCAGCACACAGGAACAGAACUGGCACCAAUUUCAAGUCCAGGUGUCCCCCUCCCCCCAAGAGAUCUUUACCCUUCCUCGGCAGCUGCCUCUGGAAGGACUUUGGGCUGAGCAGUCUGCCUGAUGACACCAGGCCACCAGUGGUACAGCCUUCCAGGCCAUUUUAGAGCUUCUCGCUCGAGAGUGUGAGGUUCCCCCGGCUCUUCUGCCUUCUCCAAGGGAAAGCCAGGUUGGCUCACAAAGGUAACCUGGGACAGUCACCUUUGGCUGCAAUAGCUCUUUUAUAUCCCUUUGCAUCGGGGAAGCUGGCAGGAAGCAGGUAAUGAGGCUGACUUGGGUGGCCUCAAGGCUGUGUGUACAGGCUGCUGUUUUAUUUUUCUAUCUCCUGAAGUUUACUCAUGUUCUUAAAACUCCCGGUGAUUUUGUUCUUUUGCCAAAGUAGAAAGCACACAGCAGAUGGGGUGUGUUUGUCCCAGCCCUCUUCACAAGCUGAGCACUACAGUACUGCCCACAGGGUUACAUGAAAACUUGGAGACUGUACCUGGCCUCCCUGUGUUUGUGUUUUUUCUGUUCUGCACUUUGGGGCCCCUCGGUAUUCUACAUUACAAGUUGAUGUUGGGGGUAAGGAGGGCUGCAAUUGUUGGCCCUGGGUGUGGGGACUAAGGUACAAUCUAACUAUGGGCCCUUCAGGCUCCCUGAAAUCAACAUGACAGGUGUUGAGAGUAGCUACAGUCUCUCGGGACAGCCUGUGAGCUCCCUGAGUCCUGAAGGGUGCAGGAUUUGUGGCACACUAGUAGAGUUGGGGGUGCUGGGCUGGGUUCAUCAAAAUGGUGUAUCUGCAGUUAAAAUGCUGUUGUAAGUAAAUAAACUGAUUGUUGGAGAAUUUC